GUGAAAAAUGUUCAACAAUCGAUCAAUGAUUUCAAUCAUUCAUUUAAUUUCGAUAUUAACGAUCACGUUAAUGUGCUCAUUUUUAUCAUCACAAACACAAUUAAUAUACAAUGAAAGUGAAAAUAUUUCGACAAACAAUAGGCAUCGAUCAGAAUCAGAAUUACCGAUUGUAACAUUAAAAAAUGGGGCACGUGUUCUUGGUACUUAUGAAAACAGUCCAGAAAAAAAACCAACGUAUUUUUUCAAAACAAUUCGCUAUGGUGAAGUACCAGUAAGAUUCGGCCUGCCACAGAUGGCAAAACCAUGGAAUGAUAUCUAUGAUGCUACACAUUAUCGCAAUGGAUGUCCACAAAGUUUACCUUUUAUUUCGUACAACGAAGAUUGUCUCUACCUUAAUGUUUGGCAACCAGUGAAUUCAAGCCAUCAUCUUAAGCCUGUCAUUGUCUACUUUUAUGGAGGCGGAUUUGAAUUUGGUGAUAUCAAUUAUUUUUACACACAACUAAUCGAUGGAAGUAAUUUCAUAGAUUUUGGUGAUUUGGUUUUUGUCAGCGUGCAGUAUCGUUUGGGAGCAUUUGGUUUUCUGUAUACGGGUACUGAACGAGCACCCGGUAAUCAAGGUGUACAUGACAUGUUAUUAUCUCUUCGAUGGGUGAAAGAAAACAUCGAAAGAUUCGGUGGUGAUCCAAACAAUGUCAUUGUGUAUGGUGAAUCAUCAGGAUCAAUCGCCAUAUCGGCCAUGAUAAUAUCACCAUUAGCCAAUGGAUUAUUUCAACGGGCUAUCAUGAGUUCCGGCGCUAUCAACGAAUUUUAUGCUUAUUCACCCGAAAAUUUGCUGAAUUAUUCAAAAGAAGUUGCCAAGAAAUGUGAAUGUCCAGUCGAUAAUUUGAAUCAUAUGGUGGAUUGUAUGCAAAAUAAGUCAGCCAGCGAAUUGGCCAACUUACGAUUUUCAGCAAAUAUUCCAGCCAUCAUGAAAGCACAAAUGUUCCCAAUGAUGUAUGGUGAUAAAGAAGGAUUAUUACCCGAACGACCAAGCACAAUGCUAAAAAAAGGCAUUUAUAAUUCAGUUGAUCUGAUCAGUGGAUUUAAUUAUGGAGAAUAUGGAACCAUAGGCCUUUUGAUCAAUCCGGAAUUAAUAAAUGGUUUCAAGAAUUAUAAUAUUAAAGAUGUCAAACGAUUGAUCAACAAUAGUAUAGAUUCCAUAAAAGGUAUAUCUAAAUAUGAAGAUUUGAAACAAAAAAUAUUAGAUUUCUAUACAAAAGAUAUGAAUGAAAAUUCAAGUACAGCUGAAGUUCGUCGUACAAUUAUCAAUCUGUUAUCUGAUGGUAGUAUAAUAUGUCCAACAUAUUUGUUCACACAGAAAUAUGCCCGUGUUUUGGCUAGAAAUUCUUCAAAUCGUAAUCAAGUAUUUUCAUAUCGUUUUGAUCAUCAUUCAUUUUAUAUGAAUCUUUUAGCAUGUCUAAGUUGGAUGGGUCCUUGUCAUGGAAUGGAACUUCCUAUAAUGUUAGGUUUGGCCGUCCAUCCUCGAUAUUUGUCAUUAUUUUUCACCAAUGAAGAUAAGAGACUAAGCGAAAAAACAAUGAGAACAAUUACUCAUUUUGCAAAAAAUGGUGAACCCGGUCAAUAUAUGGAUGGAAAGGAAUGGCCCAAAUUCAUGUCAAUUGAUUCGGAAACCGGAAAAAAUACCAACAAAAUUGGUAAAAGUAUAGUAUGGAAACAAAUGGUUAUCAAUAGUGAACAUCAUCUUAUCAUUACCGAUGAAUAUGUAGAUCAUUGUCGAUUCUGGGAGCCAAUUUUAUUUGCCGAUGAUCCCAUCAAUUGAUAUCUUAUCAUUUAACAGAGCUAAACAACUGAAUACAAUAUAAUUUUUGAAUCAAAUAAUUUAACCUUGUACCUGGCUCAUACAGCAUUAUAAACAACAACUAUAGUUAUUUCAAAUUUAUUAGAUCAUCAUCAUGCUAUUCCAAAUAAAAGCCGACAGCAUUUUCUU